GCAGUUUCAUUCGGGCCUUUCCUCUCUUUCAUCUGCAAAUUGUUGGACAGGAGCAACCCGUUGCCAUUCGGGAUUUCAGUUCCAGCAUUUGAGUGGUUGAGACUAAUCCCUGUCGAGUGCAGCAACGGGAAACCCCUAUUUGGAAGCACGUGCUUGGCCUCGCUUCCCUCUCCGAGUCAGAGAUGACCUCAUCCCGAAUUAGUGAGUACAAUUCACCCAACCAGAUCAUUAUUACUUCAUUUCGUACAUGAAUCAAGUCCGAGACGGUGUCCCACGUCGCCGAUCCACGAACCAUUCACUGGUUCAAAUCCGCAGCGACACGGCAGGAGUCGUCGAGCUCAGCUCGUGAUCGUGUUAUCCCCGCACUGUAGAACGGGGACUGUCUCGUGAUCGUGAUCGUCGCAGCCUCGCCGGACGGCAUGCCACGAGCUUCUUGUCUGGAGCAGCGAGCGCCGAGCACGACAGCAGCGCCUCGUCGGUUCGCCAUCAGCAGAGGCGGCCACGGAACGAGGUGCUGACUGGCGAGCCGACGAGCAAGGCGACAAGAGCCACCGCCGCGUCAGACCACAACCACCACCAAUCCAGCACGCCAUCUCUCUCCGUCUCCGAUCCAAAUUCGCACGCACACUCGCGGCGAGAGCAGCGGCGUCGGCGGCCGCCCGCGCGUCCCUUCUCCUCGAUGGAUCCCGCGAGCGGCGGCGCGGGCGCCGAGCUCGAGUGGCGCACCCGCGCGCCUGGCGGCACGGAGUACAGCUGGUGCCGCGCCGUGCCGGGCGGCACCGGCACCACGCUGCUCGCGUUCCGCCUUUCCCGCGGUGGCGCGGCCGAAUCGGCGGCGGCGGCGCAGGCCGCGCUGCGCUCCCUCCAGAACGCGCACCCCGUCCUCCGCGGCCGCCUCCGGACCACCCCCUCCGGCCCGACGCUCGCCUUCCCUUCGGCCGCGCUGCCUCCGCCUCCGCUGCUCCCGCUCGAGCCGCUCCCUGCGCCGGAGUCCGCGGCCGACUUCCACGCGCUCCUCGAGCACGAGCUCAACCGCAACCCGUGGGCCGACUCCGACGACGCCCCGGUGCUCUUCGCCACGCUCUACGAGCUUCCACCUGCAGCCGGCGGCGCGGCGCUGUUCGUCCGGAUCCACACGGUCGCGUGCGACCGCUCGGCGGCGAACGCGCUGGCGAGGGAGCUCCUGGUGCUGCUGGGCGGUGGUGGGAAGGAGGGGGGGCGCGCACCGGAGGACGCGGCGGCGGAGGCGGCGCUGGAGGAGAAGAUCCCGCAGCGGGACACCUGGAAGCCGUUCUGGGCGCGCGGGCUGGACAUGGUGGGCUACUCCAUCAACGGGCUGCGCACGUCCACGCUGCCGUUCGUGGAGACUGGAACGGAGAGGUCGACGCAGAUGCUGCGGCUCACUCUCGGCCGCGACGAGACAACGAGGCUGCUCGAUGAGUGCAAGGAGAACGGGGUGAGGCUCUGCUCCGCCAUGGCCGCUGCGACUAUGCUCGCCGCGCGGCAGUCGAAGCCGCUGGAGAGCGGGCAGCAGGAGACGUACUCCGUCGUGACCCUCAUCAACUGCCGCAAGUUUCUUGAACCGGCCUUGGACGAUCACAACGUCGGGUUCUUCUACUCCGCCAUCACCAACACGCACACGGUCCACGGCGAGGAAGGGCUGUGGGAGCUUGCCAAGAGGUGCCACGACUCGUACACCAGCGCCAAGAGCAACAAGAAGCACCUCACUGACAUCAGCGACCUCAACUUCCUCAUGUGCCGGGCCAUCGAGAACCCCCAGCUGACGACGGCGGGGGCGCUCCGGACGGCGCUCGUCUCCGUGUUCGAGGAGCCGGUCAUCGCCGACAUGGCCGAGCUGCAAGGCAAUGCCGGCGUGGAGGACUGCGUCUGCUGCGCCACCGUGCACGGCAUCGGCCCGUCGAUCGGCGUGUUCGACUCGAUCAGGGAUGGGAGGCUGGACUGCGCGUGCAUGUACCCUUCUCCUCUGCACUCCAGGAAGCAGAUCCAGGAAAUCUUUGACAGGGUGAAGCAGAUUCUGCUCCAUGCAAGUGAUGAAGGCUUUGAAGAUUGUGCCUAGUAGAUUCCCGGAGCUUAUUAUGGUCUGAUGGGCCAUUUCGGUAAAAUUGUUGGCACAUUGCUGAUGAGACAUUCUGAACAGAUGCGUUCUUUCGAUUCUCGACAUCAAUAAAAUGAUCAUGUGCAGGUUGUAAUCUGAUCAAAUUAUGGUUGAGUUAUAAAAAAGAAUAUAUAUUGUCUGUGAAACAAAUGCCAAA